AUGGCGAUUGAAAAAGCUAGCUUACGAGAGUUCAAAUCGUUCCUCCAUUUGCAAGGCUUGAUGCUGUUUGACGUACUGGUACAUGCCUUUGCUCCAUGGCGUAGGAAUCCUGGUGCACGUAAGGGAGGGAGGUUCACAGUUCGAGACAAACCUGAUAUGUUUCUGGACAAACUCCACGCGGCAAUGCAUAGGCACGGCUCGGAUUUGACCUCGUUUUUUGUUCAGCGCUCCAUCUACUUUACUUUUUUCGGCCAGGACAUUGACAUUCCCGUUGUUGAUCUCCAUGUGACGGAGGGCGUACACACCUUUGACUAUAUCGUCCUGCCAGAGCAGAUUUCACCAGUGGCGUCUUUACGAAGUCAGAGAUUGGCACGUACAUUAGGAGGUGAUGCGCGCGAACAAGCCUUACAAAGCAGAGUCGAGGAGCGAGAAGCGAGACUACAUCAGCUCGCCAUGCAAGAGCAGCAAUUCGCAGCAAACGCUGAGCAGCUUCAAAAUGAUUUCACUGCGCAGAACAGGAGAAUUCUGGCACUGAGAGACGAGGAGCGUGACACUUUAGCGAGGCUCAGUAGCCUGCAACAUGCAGAAGUCGAACAAGUGGUCGAACAAGUGCUGAGACUAGAGACUCUCCAGGCAGACGAACAAAAUAAGCAAAGCGAAAUCGCAGAGCUGGAGCAGAGGCGCGCAAACCUUGGGGAGGAAAUUCGACUAGAUCUGCUUGCUACUAUCGGCCGACUCAAUGACGACAGGCAGCGCCAGGUUUCAUCUAUGGCAGCGGUGGAAACACAGCAUAUAUCUGCAGUCGAGGGGCUCGUUGCUCAAGAGUCAGCACUGCGAAGCAAAAUUGAACAGCUGGAGGCGAUAUUGCAACAGCUCCAAGCUAGGCUUCAUGAGACGGCGGCGAGCGAGAAAGACACUGGUGACGAGGAGUGUGCUUCAGUGGACAGCGGAGUUCAGCCCUCGUCGCCGCCGCCGGAGAGAGCAAGGCGUGAUGGCUGCGACGAAACUGAAGAGAGUAGUGCUGCAGGCGGGCAACAGACCGGGCUUGCUUUGGAGCACAUGGUGCGGAAAGCUUUACACUCGGAUGAUAAGGUUUCAAAUGCAUCAGAUGCCACUGGGAAUGCAGGGGUUCGACGAUCAUCUGCGGCAUCUGUGUCCGCUAACGAGCAGCUGGUGAAAACCUCGGAGGUGGUACAACAAGUGAAGCCUAGUUCCGACUGUCAAGGAAAUCCGAACGAUGCUCAUUGA